UUGCAUCUCUUAUGAUAGAUGAUGGUCUACAUCUUAUCAGAAAAUGAGGACACAUUCACUUGGUGAAGUACAGGAGCUGCUGAUAAAGUGUGUGUGUAUUUGCAUGGACUUAGGGGGGUUGUAACAAGUUAUCAAUGUUAUAGAAUUGUUUUCUUAUCCCUGUUAAGGAGAAAUUAAUGACAAUGAGUAUUGAUUCAAGUACAGAAGAUCCUAUGGAUUACCUUAAACCAAAGUCCAUGGAAAAGGACCCCCUGCUGGGGAAAAUUACACAUGCAAGCGCACCAGCAGGUUUUGGAAGUCGGCACGUUUUGACUCUCUUAGGGUUCCUCGGGUUCUUUAAUGUUUACUGUUUACGUGUAAAUCUGAGUGUUGCCUUAGUUGCUAUGGUAAACUCCUCAAAUAGUGACGCAUCGGAUAAUACUACAGAUUGUAAAAAUGACAUUCCUGCCAAUACAUCAUCAGCUAGUACUGGUGAGUUUGAUUGGGAUACAAACACACAGUCCCAAGUGUUGGGGGCAUUUUUCUAUGGUUACAUCAUCACACAGAUUCCUGGAGGGUGGCUGGCAGAGGUAUUUGGGGGUAAAAAGCUUUUUGGACUCGGAGUUCUUUGCACAGCUGUUCUAACCUUAUUGACCCCCCUAGCAGCUCGAUGGAACUUGUAUGUCUUCAUUGCUCUCAGAAUCGUAGAAGGAAUAGGAGAGGGUGUGACUUUUCCAGCCAUGAAUGCCAUGUGGGGGAAAUGGGCUCCUCUUUGGGAGCGAAGCAAACUACUGAGCUUUACUUAUGCUGGUGCUCAGUUAGGCACUGUGUUCUCCAUGCCUAUCUCAGGGAUCCUGUGUAAAUCAGACUUUUUAGGCGGCUGGCCGUCAGUAUUUUACGUGUUUGGUGCCAUUGGCUGUGUGUGGUUUGUUGUUUGGAUGCUGGUUGUUCACGACACACCUGCUGAACAUCCACGGAUCUCAAAGGAGGAGAGAGAUUACAUUGAGACUUCUGUGGGAACACGAUUAAAAAUGAAGACCCCCUGGUUGGCUAUAUGGACCUCCCCUGCUGUGUAUGCUAUCUGUGCAGCCCAUUUUUCAAACAACUGGGGAUUUUACACUAUGCUAACCUGUUUACCCAGCUAUAUGAAGAGAAUUCUUCAUUUUGAUGUGCAACAGGAUGGAUUUUUGUCUGCACUGCCAUAUUUGGUUUGCUGGUUAUGUCAGAUGUCAUCAGGACAACUUGCUGACUUCAUAAGAAAGAAUAAAUAUCUAAGCACUGCAGCCACAAGAAAACUUGUCAACUCAUGUGGUUUACUUUUACCCGCCAUCCUUCUGUGUUGUGUCCAGUUUGCAGGUUGCGACCAUGCAGCAGUGGUUGUCAUAGUAACAUUUGCUGUAGGCAUGGGUGGACUUUGUAUGGGCGGAUUUAACUGUAACCACAUUGACAUAGCCUCCAAUUUCUCAGGUACACUGAUGGGGAUCACCAAUAUGUUUGCCACAAUCCCGGGAUUCCUUGGACCUGCUGUAGUUGGAGUACUAACCAAGCAUAAGGAUACAAGGGAUCAGUGGCAGAUUGUGUUCUAUAUCUCGGCAGCUAUUUAUGUGACAGGAUGUGUGGUCUUUAAUGUGUUAGCAAAGGGAGAGGAGCAACCCUGGAAUGUUCCAGAACAAUCUGUGUUAGUGUUUAAAGGGAACGCAAUCAAUGAGAAGGAGGAUUCAGACAGCAGUAGGGACAGUAUAACGGCCAACGUCCAAUCAUACUAACCACAUCUUUAUUGAACAACUGUAUAACGGCCAACGUCCAAUCAUCAGUCAUAUUGACCACAUCUUCAUUGUAUUUAAAUUAUCUUUCAAAAGUUUAAGUGCAAUUUUAUGAAUGAAGGUUGAUUGCUUUGUGGUUUAUUAUGAAUUUUUUUUAAUCCUUGCAAUUCUGCUCAUUGACUUGGAAAGUGGAUAUCAAGGUAUAGUAAACAUAUUAGGGAUGGUGAUUGAUGACCAGUUACUUGGUCAGUACAAUGGUAAUUGGUCAAUAAAUCUUAAAUCAGUUACAAUAUAUACAUGUAUACAGUAAAACUUGUCUAGUAUGAAAACAGAUAUUGUGAAUUCACAGAUAUAGCAAAGUUUUCUUGGAUCCCCAGCUAUAUAAAGUUAACAAAUUCCUUAUACAGACAUAAUGAUAUAGCAAAGUAAUUUCACAGGUCUCAGUGACUUUGUAAUAACCGAGUUUUACUAUAUAUACAGUCAAACCUUGUUAUCUCAGACUCAGUGUGACUGAGAAAAAACUUCGAGAUAUCUGAGGAUUCGAGAUAUCCAGGGUAAAAUACUUAAAGAAUAAGUAGUUGAUUGGGACUUCAAAAUCACUUCUACAUAUCCAGGAUAUUCGAGAUAUCUGUGUUCAAUAUACUGAAGUUCAACUGUAGAGAGAGAGAGGAUAUUCAAUGUUUGUAGUUGGAUAUGGAAUUUAUUUCACUAUGAGACAGGAAUUUUUAAUAUUUUCACUUGUGCAAAGCAUGAGGGUAAAUGUCAAAAAUCCUGUCUCACAAGUGAAAUAAAUUCCACAUCUAACUACAAAACAUUGAAUUUUCUGUUUAUUACAUUUUCUUUGAUUUUCUCUUUGCCUCUGUCUUUUUGUAAUAAAGUGUCAUAAGCUGUAAUGUCAUAGUUGAGCAGACAUCAGAUUGUGAGAUUGAAACAUUGUAAACAUGGAUUUCAAUAAGAAUAAUAUUGGAAAACUUUGGCAGUUUUAUUCUCUGUCAGGAUUGUUUAUUUAUUCUAUCUUUUAACGUGCCAGGGAGUUUUUUUUUUUAAACAUUCUUCAUAAAGAGAAGGAAAAUCAAAAAUUUUGCCACACUUCUGAUAUUCUUUCACACUGUGACAAAAUAUCACUUUGAUAUUCUUUCAGACUUUGACAAAACAUCAUUUUUAUUCAAUAAACAAAUUACAUGUACAGUAUUUCACUGUUGAAAAUGUAAUACAGUUGAACUUCGGUAUCUCGAACACGGGUAUCUCGAAUACCAUGGAUAUGUCAAAGUAAUUUUGAAGUCCCAACUGCUUAUUCCUUAAGAAUUUUACCCUGGAUAUCUUGAAAUCUUGUAUAUCUUGAAGUAUUUUCUCAGUCUGUUCAAGUUCAAGAUAAGGGGGUUUGACUGUAUAUGUGUAUAUUUGAAUUCAGUUUAUUAAAGAUUAAAUUCAAAUUUGAAAAAACAAUUAGGGUAUAUAUACAUAAUUUGAUGACAAUUAAGGCUAUCCAGAUUGAAUGGGGGUAGCUUACCCCAUCUAUCCUUUACAUUUGUCAAUAAAAUUAUAUUUAAACAAAGAUGUAAAUUAAUUAUUAUAUUUCUGAUGGAGAUGACUAUGCAGAAUCCAGUUGUGGCAUCAGAUCUGAGAAAUUAUGUUUCUGAUAUCGCAGGCAUGUUUUAUGGUUUUCAUAAUUUUUUGAGUAUAAAAUUGAAAUAAAAUUGAUAUUGUGUUCUGAUUAAAAUAACAGUAUAUUUAAACUGGUUUUUUUUUGUGUAUAUGAAUAGAGUUAACAUGAGAAAAUAAAACACACUAUGGAUACAUGUACAAUUAAACAGCAUAAUCAGUCGGAAUAAGUGGUUAACUUAUGGCACAAUUCUGCAUUCAAUUGUCAUCCCUAAAUAUUUAUAAUGUAUGCGAUCAUCAUGGUUAAAUGUUUUAAAAUAGGAGUGAAACAGUUUACUUUGAUGUGGAUUUAUUGCAGUAUUUCUAGUUGAUUUGAUACACAGUACAAAUUUAAUUCACUUUUUUAUCAGGAUUAUUAUUCAGUCAA